AUGUCAAGAUCCGCCGAUCCCAAUUCGACACCAGCGAAAGCGAAUAUAGUGAUAAUAGGAGCUGGGCUGAUAGGCGUAUCAACAGCGUAUUAUCUUACUAGAAAUCAGAAUAUACAUCCUGAAAGCAGUAUCACUCUGGUAGAAGAGGUUAAUGUCGGCACGGGUAGUAGUGGAUAUAGUAGUGGUUUAUUAAACAAACAUGAAUUUGGCGAUGGACAGGAGGAGGAAGGAGAAUCGAGUAACCUAAAUCAAGAAUUAUCAAAUGGAGGAUUUCAAUUACAUCAGCAGCUAUCAAAGGAAUAUCAAGGGGAUUCGAAUUGGGGUCAUAGAGAAAUUGAUCUGUAUGAUGUUGAAAUAAUCGAUCAGACGGCCAAAUUGAAUUCCAACUCAACGUCCCCAUCAUCCGCACUUUCAUCUUCAUCUUCAACCUCGGAUCCACUCUCUUUCUUACCUACUAUAUCGUCGACGUCAGUGAGACGUAAAGGCGAUUCAAGUUCAACAGGAUACUGUCAACCGUCGAAAUUGACAAGACAUUUAUGUGGUUUAUUUUUGAGUCAUCCAGGAGCUACUUUACUCAUUGCAAAAGCUAUUUCAAUCACAACGAGUAGUGGUGUAGGAUCGGAUGAGAAAGUGACACAUGAUGAAGCAGGCAAGGGUACUGCAUUCUCAUCAAGCUCAAAAGCAGAUGGUAAUGAAACGGAUGGAAGUUUGACAUCGAGUACAAACAAGACAUCAACCAAACGAGUAACUGGUGUUAAAGUGACAAGGGUAGUUAAUGGAGUAGAAGAAAUCGUUAACAUACCAACGGAUAAACUAAUUUUAUCACCCGGUAUAAAACUUUCUCAAUUGCUUAAAACUAUUUUAGGUGGUAUAGAAACCAACAUCGAUGUCGAUGUCAGGAAAUAUGAAAGAAUAACUAUCAAACCUAGAGAAAAGAUAAAUCCAUGUUGUGUUGUUUGUGGUGUUUUAACAGAUAACAAUAAUAAUGGUCAGACCAGGAAUGAAAGAGUGGAUGAUAGGGAAAUUGAGAUGAUUGUGAAGGAGGAUGGUAAUUUGAUCAUUUCUCGACCUUCACCUUCAUCUUCACCUUCGCCUUCGCCUUUGAACCGAUCGGAGGAUCUCGAUCUUCAAUCAUUCAUCUCAAACCUGUCACCGAAAUUCCAACCUUCAAACGGGGCUCUUGUACUUUCACAAACAGAGUGGUCAUCACCCAUGACACCAAAUAGACGACCUCUGAUACAGAAAAUUGAGGAAAUCGAUGGAAUUUGGAUAGGUGUAGGCGGAACGACAACACAAGGUCCAGCCAUCGGUAAGAAACUGGCAUUUUCAGUGUCAGGUAUAUGA